AUGAAUUAUAAUUUCGAAAUGAUUCAAGAGUCAGCAAAUUAUCUAUUAAAUCGAGUUAAAAUAAAUCCGAAAAUUGGAUUGAUUUGUGGUUCUGGAUUGGGUACAAUUGCUGAUUAUUUGAGUGAAAAGAAAAUUUUUCCAUAUAAAGAAAUACCAUAUUUUCCGGAGUCAACUGUACCAGGUCAUUCGGGUGAAUUAAUAUUUGGAUAUCUUCAAGGUGUGGCUGUGAUGUGUAUGAAAGGAAGAUUUCACUUAAAAGAAUAUUUAAAUAAAACUUAUGAUCAAGAAUUAAUAAAAGUUGGUGAUGAAAUUGCUAAAGAAAUGGGUAUUGAUGAUAGAGUUCAUACUGGCAUAUUAACUUGCAUUGGUGGACCAAAUUUUGAGACACCAGCUGAGCUUAGAAUGAUGAGAAUUUUUGGCAUUGAUGCUGUUGGUAUGUCAAUUGUUCAUGAAGCAAUAGCAGCACGUCACUGUGGCAUGACUGUAUUUGCAUUUAGUUUUAUAUCAAAUAUUUGUAUUUGUGAUUAUGAAACUAAUGACGAAGCAGAUCAUCAAGAAGUAUUGGAUGCUGGAAAAAAAAGAGACUCAGAACUUCAAGAAUUUAUUGGGAAAAUUGCAAAUUUUAUUAACAAACAAUAAUAUAUAAUAUUAUCAAUUAAUGAAUUAUUGUUUAUAAAAAUAUGGAAGUAUAUUUAAAGGUGCUGAAUAAUCUUUCAGCCAUACUGGACCAGUUAUAUUUUCAUUGGUAUUAGCAUCCUUCCAAAUACCUUUUGGUAAAUAAAUAUCUCGUUCAACUGAAUUGGAUUCAACAACUGGAGCAAUAAGAACUUUUUCACCCAGUAGAAAUUCUAUAAAAUAAAAAAAAAAAAAAAAUUAAUAUAACAAAAAAAGGAUUGUUAAU